AUGCAAUCCCCACCCGAACUUCACCCGCAAAGCACGACAAUCGAAUACCAGCUCGCACGGCCAGCUCCAGCUCCUCCCAUUUUCCUCUUUGUAGUCGAUACCUGCCAGGAAGAAGAUAGUUUGAAGGCCGUGAAAGAUUCCCUUGUCAUGAGCCUUUCCCUUUUGCCGCCAAAUGCAUUGGUGGGGCUAAUUACCUACGGCACAAUGGCCCAAGUCCAUGAGAUUGGCUACACCGAAUGCGCCAAGUCAUAUGUAUUCAGAGGAAGUAAAGAUUACGCUGCUAAACAGGUUCAGGAGAUGCUUGGUCUUCUUGCUCCAGGGCUCCGUCCAAACGUGCCUCAGCAACCUGGCCGCCCCAACGCCCCCAUGUCCUCAGCUGCAAGAUUCCUACUACCAGUGCAACAGGCCGAUUUCCAGAUUACGAACGUUCUUGAACAAUUACAGCGAGACCCGUGGCCAGUUGCUAACGAUAAGCGCCCGUUGCGAUGCACCGGCGUUGCGCUCAGUGUAGCCGUUGGGUUGAUGGAAACGUCAUUCCAAGGCGCCGGUGGCCGCAUUAUGCUUUUCACCAGUGGCCCUGCUACUGAGGGUCCUGGUCUUGUUGUUGGGCCUCAGCUUAAAGAACCAAUGCGAUCCCAUCAUGAUAUUGACCGGGAUAACAUUAAGUAUUACAAGAAGGCCGUGAAGUUCUAUGAAAGUAUUGCAAAGCGUGUUGCUCAUAAUGGCCACAUUGUCGACAUUUUUGCUGGCUGCCUGGAUCAAGUUGGGCUUCUUGAAAUGAAAGGGUUGGCAAAUUCAACAGGUGGCCACAUGGUAUUAACCGAUAGUUUUACAUCCUCACAAUUUAAGCAGUCGUUUGUCAGAGUGUUUGAUAAGGACCAAAAUGAGAAUCUUCUCAUGGGUUUUAAUGCCUCCUUGGAAGUGCUCACUACCAAGGAGCUGAAGGUUACAGGUCUUAUUGGCCAUGCUGUUUCGUUGAACAAGAAAUCCAACUCAGUUGGAGAAACUGAGUGUGGUAUUGGUAAUACCUGCUCUUGGAAGAUGUGCGGCAUCGACCCCACUGCCAGCUUCGGCGUGUACUUCGAAAUCGCCAAUCAGGGCGGACCGGCUCCGAUGCAACAGGGUCCUCACCGAGCUAUGAUACAGUUUUUGACCUAUUAUCAACAUUCGUCCGGACAGUACCAUCUCCGGGUCACUACCGUUGCGAGAACACUUAGCAGCCCUGCGGGUGACAUUGCGCUGGCUCAAUCUUUCGACCAGGAAGCCGCUGCUGUGCUCAUGUCACGUAUCGCAGUUUUCAAAUCCGAGGUAGAUGACGGACCCGACGUCCUGAGAUGGGUUGAUAGAAUGCUCAUCAGGCUCUGCUCUCGAUUCGCGGACUACCGAAAGGAUGAUCCCACCUCAUUCCGGUUGGAGAAGAACUUCACCCUCUAUCCACAAUUUAUGUUCCAUUUACGUCGAAGCCAGUUUUUGCAAGUUUUCAACAACUCACCCGACGAGACUGCGUUCUACAGACAUGUUCUCAAUCAUGAGGAUGUUGGCAAUUCACUCGUCAUGAUCCAGCCUACCCUUGACUCCUAUUCCCUGGAGCAGGAAGGCAGUCAACCAGUUCUGCUUGAUUCUGCUUCUAUUCAGCCCACGCAUAUUCUUCUUCUCGAUACGUUCUUCCAUAUCCUCAUUUUCCAUGGUGAAACCAUGGCAGCGUGGCGGAAGGCGGGCUACCAAGAUCAGGAAGGCUAUGAGAAUUUUAAGACUAUUCUCGACCAACCCAAGGAAGACGCUAGGGAACUUAUCCAGGACCGAUUCCCGCUACCCCGUUUCAUUAUUUGCGAUGCAGGUGGAUCUCAGGCACGUUUCUUGCUCUCCAAACUGAACCCGUCGACCACCCACUCGACUGGGGGUUAUGGUGGAAUGGCUCAGUCUGCACAAACCAUCUUUACAGAUGAUGUUUCGCUCCAGACAUUCAUGGAUCAUCUUAUGAAGUUGGCUGUGUCGGGUACAAGUUGA